AAAAAGGAGAAGAAACACAAGAAACAUCACGGUGAAACGUCGGAUGGCAAAGGCAAUGAUGAUUUUGUGCUGAAUUGCCUGCUGAAGUCGGCUGGAGUCCGUUGCGCCAUCAAACAUGAUGACCUGGUGGAGGACAAACCGUCGGAUUAUCUAAUCGAGAAGGAAGCCGCUGCUGCCGCCAACAAUGCAGCCAAAGCGAUCGGGAAAAGGUCUAACAGAUCCUUUGUUCGUGAGUUCCGAGCACUAUUUCCUCUGUCGUCGGCUGCUUCGUCAUCUUCGACAACGGCCACGGAACAUGCCCCUUUUUCUGGAAAAGAUAUCAAAGAUGAUCUUUUUGCUGCAAUACAUGCAAGAAAACGUAGAGCGAAUGAGGGCAAGGCAUCGGCAGUGAUCGUCAAAGACAAGUACGUGGCUAUGGCUGAAAAAAUUCGCGAUUUUCUUGUUACCUGUGGUGGAAGGGCCUACACCGAGAUGAUCUUUGACAAAUUCAAGGACGAAUAUAAGGAAGAAAUGCCGGAGCUCCGAGCAAUACUUAGAAAAUUAUGCAAUUUCGAUCAUCUCAAGAGAGAAUGCUCUUCUUUUGAGGGGUGGAUUCCCAAAGGUAACGGAGGAAGUACUGAAACUCCUCUUGAUCUGGCUGCUAUAAAUCGGGCCGAGAUUGGGAAUUCUACUAGUCCGAUGGAUUUCCUGAAGAUAAUCUGA